CCCUCUCUCCCUCUCUCUCUCUCUCUCUCUCUGUCUGGAAAGCUCUUUCACCUUCCCUCCAUCUCCUUCCUCAAACUCACGAAUCCCUCCCGCCUUCUACUCACCGUAAUGGCACCCGCAACUGCAUCGCCAAACCCUAAUACCACCCGCCACCUUAACCACCAGAUGAAUCCCCACUUCCGCAAGCUCCUCUACGUCCCAAACGAAGAAGACACGCCACCCCUCCUCCAAACCCCCGCCAACGUCUCCGCCGCGGCGCCACCGUCAGCGUCCAUCAGUAAACCCCCACGGCCGCCCCUAGCCAACGCCCCCUUCGACUCCUCCGUCGGCCUCGCCGUCCUCGUCCUCCUCACCGCCCUCUUCUUCAUGGGCUUCUUCUCCCUCUACAUCCGCCGCUUCGCCGAGGGCUCCGAAGAAGCCGCCGCCGCGGCCUCCUCCCGCCGCCGCCCCCGCCGCGACCCGGCGGGGCCAAGCCCGCCGAACUCCACCCGGGCGCCGCCGGGACGCCCGUCGUGCCGGGCGGCGCGCAAGGGCCUCGACCCCGCCGUCAUCCGGUCGCUGCCGGCGUUCGCCUACGGCGGGGGGGGCGCCAAGUACCAGGCGGACUGCGCCGUGUGCCUCAGCGACUUCGAGGAGGAGGAGGUGGUGAAGGCCAUCCCGUGGUGCUCGCACGUGUUCCACGCGGAGUGCAUAGACCGGUGGCUGUGCGCGCACGCGUCGUGCCCCGUUUGCAGGGGCGCGCGGCUGACGGAGGCGAGCGGCGGAUCGAAAGCCGGCGGGGCAGAAGGAUCGAGUGCGGUGGGGAGCACGGAGGCUCGGAGCGCGAGCGGGCUCGGGGGCGGAUCGACGGCGGCGAGCGGGGACACGUGUCUGGAGAUCGGGGACGGAGGAGGGGUAGGAUUGAGCGUGAGGAGGAGCAGUAGUUGGUCGAGCUUAGGGGAGGGGGGCCGUUCCUUGCAGAGGAUGAUGAGUUUCUGAGGGGUGGGCACGUACUGUUCCGUACAGGCGUUUUUUUUGGCACGUGUGGAUGUAUAAAUACUGUAA